CCUGGUUUUUGAGGGAAAAUGUGUCGUUUUCGUUUGCAGAUUUUCACUGGGAUUGCUUUUUAUUUUAGUCUGUCUAGAGUGCCGUUUGAAGAUUUGUGUUUGGAGAAACGUUACAGUAAAAACUGGUCUUCCAUUGGCUGAUUUUUGAUUAACGUGUUAACAGUUAUUUUAAUUUAAUAACUAAAAUGCCACGAUCCAAGAAGCGGAAUAACAGAGAAGGAGGGCAGCACAGAAGUGUUCAACCUUUCAGUGAUGAGGAGGCGUCUGUGGAAACGCUCAGUCACUGCAGCAGUUUCAGUGAUUCUGCCAGUACAGUGGAGGAAGGAGGUGAUACUUGUGAGGAGUCGACUCAGGAGGACUUUGAGUAUAAGCUAAAGGGACUCAUUGACUGUACAAUGGAUAAAUGUGCUAAGACAAGGCAGAGUGCCGUUGAAGGACUGAAAACUGCCAUGGCAAACAAACUAUUGUACGAGUUUAUCCUGGAAAGGAGAAUGACCCUAACAGACAGCAUUGAGCGCUGCUUAAAGAAAGGUAAAGGGGAUGAGCAACGUUCAGCAGCUUCCUUAGCUUGUCUUCUCUGCAUUCAGCUGGGGUCAGGGAUUGAAAGCGAAGACGUUUUCAAAACUCUUGAACCACUUAUGAAGAAUAUUCUCAUGGAUGGAUCAGCCCCCAUACAAGCCCGACAGGCAUGUGCAACAAGUUUGGGAAUUUGCAGUUUAGUUGCAGCUGCUGAUGUUUUGGAUUUGUAUGCAACUUUGGAGUGCUUUGAAAGUCUCUUCACUAAGUCGUAUGUAAAGGGAGAUGGAACUCCUAGUAACUUCAAUGCCCAAACUACAGUACUCCACAUCAACUCUCUUUUAGCAUGGGCACUCUUGCUGACCAUUUGUUCCAACACAGAAGUGAAAAAAAUCCUAAACAAACACUUGCCUAAAUUACCAAGUCUGUUGGACAGCGAAGAUGUAAAUAUGAGAAUUGCUGCUGGUGAAACAAUUGCUCUUCUUUUUGAAUUAGCCAGAGAAAUGGAUCCUGAGUUUGAAUUUGAGGAUCUGGAACUUCUCUGUAAAAAACUCCGAGCUCUUGCUACAGAUGGGAACAAGCACAGGGCCAAAAAUGAUAAAAGGAAACAAAGAUCAGUUUUCAGAGAUGUCCUAAGAGCUGUAGAGGAAGGUGAAUUCCAAGAUGAAAUUAUUCGUUUUGGACCAGAACGCAUGUACAUAGACAGCUGGGUGAAAAAGAGGACAUAUGAUGCCUUUAGAGAAUUUGUUGGGUCAGGAAUGAAUUACCAUUUGCAGGCUAAUGAAUUCAUAAGAAGUAUAUUUGAGCUUGGACCCCCAUUGAUGGUUAAUGCUACAACAUUAAAGGCAAUGAAAAUCUCCCGUUUCGAGAGGCAUUUGUACAACGCAGCUGUAUUCAAGGCCCGCACCAAAGCCAGGAGCAAGUUUAGAGACAAAAGGGUGGAUUGUGGUGAAUAUAUUUAAAAUGUGACAGACUGAAGACGUUUAUGUUGUUGCCCACCCAAUGAAGGAGGAAAUUCAAACAAAGUAUAUAUUUAUUCAAAAUCUUAAGUAUUUGUUUAUAUAAAGUUGAAUUUUGUAGAUUGCAAUUUUUAUAAUUAUGAUUUCUCGUAUCUCACCUAAAACUAGUCUGUAUAUUGAAAGUAGAAUACAUUGCCCAGUUGUUUCAUGUUAGUUUAUCUGCUUUGUUUCUGUGAAGACUUUAAUGGCACAAUAAAAAUCUUCUUAGCAACCUGA